UCUUCAAUCCCCCCUGCCAAAAUCUGUCUCAACUUCAGCCAUUAAAUACACAAACACAAACCCAUUUAACUCAUACAGAAUGAGAAUUGUGGUGUUCCAGUGAGAGAGAAUUGAAGUUUAUUUCAAUUUCUUGAUGGGUAAACACAGGUUUAGAUUCUCAGAUAUGAUCCCAAAUGCCUGGUUUUACAAGCUCAAAGACAUGAGCAAAACCAAAACUUCACAUAUCUCCUCUCAUCAUAAUAACAAAAAAAUCCCACCAAAAUCAAAUCCAACUUCGCAAAAUCCUCACAUUUCAUUUCCAAGAUACUCUUAUUACUUCACCACACAACCCAUCAAACCUGAAAAAUUAUACAACUCUCCUGUCAAUUCCAAAGCCUCUGAUACUCAUUUUCCUGAUCCUUCAACCAAGAAAUACACUAAAAGGAAAACAAUUUACAAGCCUUCUCCUAAAAAUUUCUCUUCCAAUAAUGCUUCAACUCCUUGUACUUGUCAUUAUUUUAAGUCUCCAGACGACUCCUGUUUUUCUUCUGCUGAGAGUUCCAAUGAAGCUAAUUACUUCCCUGAUAUUGAUUCCGAUGGCGAAAGCAUUUGCAAUUGUGAACUUACUUCUUCAACUACUGAUAUAAUCAUCGACCUCAACGACAACCAGUUCUUUUCUAGCAAAGUCAAGAAGCUUAACGGUUUCGACGCCAUUUCAGAAAUGGAGCUUCCUCCAAUAUUAACAAAACCACCGAAGUCUCAUGACAAGAUAAAUGUUAAUCACUCUCUUUCUGUCAAGAUUGUGAAGGAAGAAAGUGUGAGGACUCAAAAGGAGCAAAGAAACAAGGCUGCUGUUAUCCGAAAGUCGUCAUCAUCGAAUUCUCCAGGGAUAAAGCUGAGAGCGAAAGCGAAUUCUCCAAGAAUUGGAAGCAAGAAACUCCAAACCGCUUGUUCAAGAAAGAGCAUAUCAAGAAAUAAGGGGUUUUCAGAGAGCUUUGUGGUGGUGAAAUCGUCGGUUGAUCCGCAAAGAGAUUUCAGGGAUUCAAUGGUGGAGAUGAUUGUGGAGAAUGAUCUUCGAACUUCAAAGGAUUUGGAAGAUCUACUUGCUUGUUAUCUAUCGUUGAAUUCCAAGGAAUAUCAUGGUGUUAUUGUUAAGGCAUUUGAGGAAAUCUGGUUUGAUAUGACUAACCUUCGCUUGUAAAUUAAUUAAUUAAUUGUUAUAUAUAUAUUUUUAGAUGUAAGCUUCUUCUUGUCUCUGUUUUUCUUUGUACUUUUGGGUUAAUUAAGUUGAAUAAAUGUUAAUAAUAUUGUUAAGAAUA